AUGAAUUGCGCCCGAGGUGGCCACGAUCGUCGCUUAACGUUGAUUGCAAUUAUUUUCGCGAAUUUCGCGAGUGCAUUUCACGGGAACAAUGGGGUACUCGAGUACUGGGAUCCGGAUACGUGCAAAUAUGAUGAGUACUUCGAUCCAGUCUCCUUGUCCUGCUCGCGAUGCAACAUCAGCCGGAAUCUCGUACCGGCCGCGGACCAUCUGCGAUGUCGAUGUGACGAGUUAAGCGAAAUGAUCGGUUAUGAGAACGGCAAUCCACUUUGCGCCGCAUGCAGUCCCAACAUGACAGCGACCACUGAUGGAAAAAAUUGCGUCCUGCGCCCGAAUGCACCGUGCAAAUGUUCUUCGAAUCAAAUAAGACGUAAUCUCAAAUAUUCUCACUUUGAUACUUUGUUGACAUGUUGUGCUUGA